UCUAGUUUAUUAACUGCGAUUGUCAAUAGAUCUUUGACAACAAACAGUGUGGAGCGGUUAAAAAUUUUGAUAGUACUUUUAAAAGACGUCCCUCAUAAAGUACAACAACAUUUAUUAAACAAAUCUAUAUUCGCUCCAAUUUUAUCGUUGACCUCGAUGAAAUUAUAUCGCUCCAUUGUACCGUACUGCAAAGAUAGCACCUACUUGGAUACUUGUGUCAACGGCAGUUACAUUUACAAAUUAAUGUACCUGAGAAGAUUUCCUCAGGUAAGUAACUGCAAACUGAGAGUGUCAUUCGUGAACUACGGUCCAUAUUUUAUCAACUUACCAAACAACACAGUGUCAAAUCAGUAUUCAGACAAAGGUAUUGAGUACAAUGUACUAAACCUCAUAGCUGAAAAACUAAACUUCACUAUAACUUACAUCACCUCCUCAAUAAAAUACGAUUUCGGUGAUGUUUAUCCGAACGGCACCACCUUUGGACAGAUGCGGUGGUUGAAAGACGGACAGGUCGAAAUGGCUGUUAGUUCCUACAUGGUAACUUUGAACAGAUUUAGGUACUUCGAGGCGAGUCAACCAUUCAUGUAUACCGCGGUUUCUUGGUGUUUGCCUCACGAACUCGUUUCCAAGCAAAAGUUGCAGUUUUUCAAUUGCAUCGUUUGGAUAUGUAUACUAUGCACAAUGUCCACACUUUCUUUGGCCGUGUGGUAUUUACAUAACAGGGACAAUAAAGGCGCAAGUUUCUUUUCAAUAAUUUAUGAGAUGUUUGCUGUUAUUAUGACAAUGCCCAUAAAAGUCCCAAGGAUGUUUGGAGUGCGUUACAUGUUAACUAUUUUGUUUUUCUUCGCCUUCUACUUCAACGUGGUAUUCAGAACGAGCCUCAUUAGUAAUUUGUCCACGAACUUCAUGGAGGAAAAAUAUACUUCGAUUGAAUCAAUUGAGGGAAACCUGCAACCAAGUACAUUGGCAACUUUAAAGACGUAUUUUAUAGACAAUAAACUCUUUUCCUACUUGCAGGACUGCAACGACACUCAAGAAUGUCUCUACAAUACAGCUCAUCAUAAAACCUAUGCCCUGGCAAUUCCUACACAUCACAUACAAUUUUUAAUACAAAACAGCAAGGAUCCACAAAUUAAAAUCGGUAUUCAUUGUUUAGGAACGCCUGUAGUUUCUAAUCCUUUAACCAUUUAUUUCAAUAAAGGUUUUCCGUUUGCAAAUCGUCUAAGCCAAAUUGUACAACUGAUUGUACAACAUGGUUUUGUGGAAAAAUGGCAUAGUGAUUAUUUGAAAAAAAUCACAACGGAACAAGCUUUCUCUACAGUAAAUUUGAAUCAGUUCAAACCUGUUGUUAAUUUAUAUGUAAUUGGGGUUAUUUGUUCUAUUGUUGGGUUUCUACUCGAGGUUUUGUUACAUAGAAUGAACAUUAACUUUAUUCAUUAUUAG